AUGCCAACGACUAGGCGCUUUCCUGCUGCAGUGGUGGCUGGAGACAUGGACGUGUGUUUCAUCUUGGAUGGGGUCCUCAUCCUUUACGGGAUUGUUCUCACCGUUUUGUACUGCAGGCUGAGGAUGACUCCGACCAACAAGAAGCCGGCCAAAGCCCCUCAGAAGCAGACCGACGAGGGAGGCAUCUAUGAGGGUCUGGCCGUUCAAAGCACCGACGUCUACGAGACCAUCAAAAUGGACAAAAGUCCCGCCAGAUGAGGGAUGGCGGCUCGUUGCAAAGAUGGCGGCUCGUUGCAGAGAUCG